AGAGGCUUCCAGCAUGAGAAAGAAGCAGAACUCAUCUACUGCAGACUCAAAGCUUCUUGGUCAAGUGCACACAAGAGCUGUACUAAGGACUGUAUUACUUUUUAUCAAGGAUUCUAUAUCAGCAGAGCACAUCACACAAAAUGACUCUCAACCGCAGUGACCGUCUCAAGAGCCUGGAGAAGAGGCGAGGCAGCAUGCCUUUCUCUAUGCACCAACAGCUGCACAGAAGGAGUAUGCCAGUGGAUGACAAAGAGCUGAGAGGCAACGUGCCUUCAAAAGAUCACUCCAGCCUGGUCCGCUGUCCCUCAUACAACCCUUCUGAUAAGAAUCGUGAGAGCUGGGCUUCUGAUUCCUCCGACUCUGUUAUCUCCUCUGGUAGUGACUCUGAGGACCAUGUGUUUAAAGUGAUUUUGCUUGGAGAGCACGGAGUUGGAAAGUCCAGCCUUGCCAGGAUCUUUGGAGGAGUGGAAGAUUUACACGAUGUUGAAGAAGCAGGUAAUACAUACGACAGAUCAAUUACAGUUGAUGGUGAAGAAGCUUGUCUGUUGGUCUUUGAUAUAUGGGAACAGGAUGACAACCAUUGGCUUCAUAACCAGUGCAUGAAGAUGGGAGAUGCUUAUGUUAUUGUGUAUUCGGUGACUGACAAAGCAAGUUUUGAAAAAGCGUCUGAGCUCAGAAUCCAAUUACGAAGGGCCAGACAGACAGAAGAUAUCCCUAUAAUCUUGGUUGGAAACAAAAGUGAUCUUGUCAGAUCACGAGAAGUAUCAGUAGAAGAGGGCCGUGCCUGCGCAGUAGUGUUUGACUGCAAAUUCAUAGAGACCUCAGCCGCCCUACAUCACAAUGUGAAAGAUCUAUUUGAAGGAAUAGUGCGUCAGAUAAGACUGCGCAAAGACAGCAAAGAGGACAACGCCAGAAGAAUGGCCAGCAGCAAAAGACGAGAAAGCAUUGGAAAGAAAGCAAAGCGAUUCCUGGGGAAGAUUGUAGCCAAAAAUAACAAAAAAAUGGCAUUUAAGCAAAAAUCCAAAUCUUGCCAUGACUUAUCAGUACUUUGAAAAGCUGUGAAUGGGGUUAAGUGUUACCCAAAAGAACUGAACAAUUACUUGACUUUUCUGAAAUGGAGAUGUAUGCAGUGAUAGAUUAAUAUAAAUCUAUAGCUCUCCCGUUUUCAUUUCUAUUGUAUGCCUUAAUAAGCCAGACUGGGAGGUUGCAGUAAUAUAUUGCCUCAGCGAAGGACUGUGUGCUGGAGAUGGAUUGGUCAAUGGGUGCUUGCAGUGGACAUUUCUGGCCUAAUAUCUUCUGGAUACCACAUAACAAGGACAAAGAUAUUAUCUACUUUUUGUGCUAAAACUUGAAUUUUUGUACGCAGGCUCGUACAUGCAACUGUAUUUUUCUGUUUCUUACAGUACACUUAUCUGAAUUCACAAAGGUACGGAGACUUCUGUAUUCAAAUGUAGGCUACUCAAAUUUUUGAAAUGUACUUGCACUUAACUGUUAUCAAAUGGAUUUUAUUAUUUGUUUACAUGAAGAUUUUAUAAUAAACUAUUUACUAUUAUAAUUAUUUAA